AUGUACGUAAAUUCAUCUCAUAUGAAGAUCUACAUUGUGAUUUGCGCCGAUCAGGCAACAUCAAUUCGAAACAACUUCAAACUCGUCAGCGCGCCUUUCACGCUUCAAUUUAACCAACCACAACUUGCUGACAAGUUACCGAGCCGUUCAUUGACUCACAUACACCAUCAAAUCAGUCUUUUGCCACAACUACGUAUCUGCUCGCCACACUCCCUUCGGAUUUUUGACGUCGCUCCCGAUAUUUUUUCUUUGUCUUGCUCGCAGAGCUGGAGCCAUCGCUCUGCCGGUGUCUCUAGUCUAUUUAAGUGGAAGAUCAGACUGGCCACCAUAGAGGAUCACAGUCUCACCCCAUCUGGAAGCGCUGAAGGAAGUGCCACGCGAGGGGGCGCUGGGAAAUGGCAUACGGUACACUUGUGGAAUCCCCAUAACUCGACGCCUCGAGGCCAAUUAAACAUUGGGCCGAGGCAUCAAAAAUCAGAUGUGUCUUUGGAAAACCAGGAGCAGCCGACACUCUACUCACACAGCGAUCAUAGCAACCAGUCGCUCUUGCCAAAUACGAAGGAGCCAGAAUUUAAUACGGAGGCGAAUUUCAAGCCUCAUCGCGAAGACAAAAUCAAAAGUGAAGCAGACACGGCGGCACUGCCACAGAAACGAAAACUUAUCGAGCCUGUAUGUCCGAACACUAUGCCGGACCUUGAACUCGGUCUACGUGUAAAACAUGCCGAGUCUGAUCGAUCUCGUAUUACGCAGCAAAAUAGUACACCUCCGCGCACUGGGAUCGGACCAGCUCUCUCACCAGUAAACUCGGAUAGCUCUUCUAUUCUAGGCUCAGAUAUAGGCGACCAUCCACCCGAAGAAUGGGGUCCACAACAUCCAUGCUAUCCCCAUCUUAAUCCACAUGUCCCGCUAUCCUCUCCUCUCUUUCAGUCAACUCGAAUCAUCCGUAUACAGCGUGACUGGAUGAUUGAAGGUGAUCUUGCUCCUACAUUUUCUAAUCUCUACCCCGAAAUCCUCGAUCCCGUAGGCGUGAGUGAGCAAGAGUUCCGUCGACUCGUCGAAUGCGUCAACAAGGAACUUGUACCGGCUUUCUCACCCUGGAACUGGCGUAAUAUAUUUGACGGGGUUUUAUGUCUAAUUACUGGUUGGCUGUGGGAUGACGCAGGUCUUAGUGAAAUAAAGGCAAGGCUCUGCCGUGUAGAAAAAUUACUCGAAAAGUGGAACAAAGAUCUAGAAAUAAAAGUACAGGGCGAAAUAGAAGAGGGCGCUGUUCCAAGAGCUGUACCGUUAAGAAGGACGGGAUAUAUGAGUAUCGAUAUCCAAGUUCCAAACCCCGAAAUACCUGCGUCUCGCGAUUAG